AGCCGGAAAUCUCACGUUUUCUCUCUUCUGCCGUCUGCGUUGUACGUGCGCACGUGUGGCCGGUUUUUUUGGAGAUCUUUUACAUACGAGCACUUGAUUCAGUGUGUUUUGUACAACAUUUGAAAGAAUAAAGAUAAAGAAGCAUCGCUGACGGCGCAGGGCUGGUCUGCUGAGGGGAGCGGAAAAUGCAGCACGACGACGUGAUUUGGGACAUCAUUGGAAACAAACAGUUCUGCUCCUUCAAAGUCAAGACAAAGACACAGAAUUUUUGCCGAAAUGAGUACAACAUCACGGGUCUGUGCACCCGCUCUGCCUGUCCACUGGCCAACAGUCAGUACGCCACCGUGAGGGAGGAGAAGGGCCAGUGUUACCUCUACAUGAAGGUUAUUGAAAGAGCAGCGUUUCCUGCCCGCAUGUGGGAGAAGGUGAAGCUGAGCAAAAACUACGAGAAGGCUCUCGAGCAAAUUGACGAGAACCUCAUUUACUGGCCCAGGUUUAUCCGGCACAAGUGCAAGCAGCGCUUCACGAAGAUCACGCAGUACCUUAUCCGCAUCCGCAAGCUCACCCUCAAACGACGGAGAAAAAUUGUCCCCCUCAGCAGAAAAGUUGAAAGGAGAGAGAAGAGGCGAGAGGAAAAGGCCCUUAUUGCUGCCCAGCUAGAUAAUGCCAUAGAGAAGGAGCUACUGGAGAGACUCAAACAAGGAACGUAUGGCGACAUCUACAACUUCCCUGUGCACGCCUUUGACAAGGCACUCGAGAACCAGGAGGAAGAGAGCGAGACCGACUCAGAGAAUGAAGCAGAAGACGACGAGGAUGUUGGGAAGAAGGAGUUUGUUGCUGAGGAUGAUGUGGAAGAGAGUGACCUCAGUGACUUUGAGGACAUGGACAAACUGAAAGGCAGUAGUGAUGAGGAGGAAUCCAGUGAGGACGAAGAUGAGUCGGAGGAAGAAAUGGAGAUGGAGCAAACAGAAACCCAGAGGAAGUCCAAGGGGAAGGCACCACUGAAAGGUCCAGUGAGGAGGAAGAGGGCUUAUGUGGAAAUCGAGUAUGAGCAGGAGAGAGAGCCCACCCCCAAGGCCCGUGGCACAUAGAAGACUGGGCUCUGAAGGAACAUUUACCUAAUCACCAAAAUUUCACCUCUGGUCCAGUUUUGAAAGGUCUCUGGGUUCUCCAUGGACACUCCUGGGACAUGUAUGCAGGCAGUGCACAUUUACCUUGGAGAAACCACUUAUUGCAGCUGCUUUUCAACAUAAGUAGGACAUUCAAAGGUGUGUCUUUAAAUUAGUAUUCUUUUUUUUUCCAAAAUCAGAUGUGGGGUGCCACUUGAAGCACGGUUUAAAAAAAAUCCAGAAUUUAUAAACUCCAUUUCUCAA